AAUGCUGUCCGGGUUGCCAUGCCAGCACAUCAGAGAGAACUCAUUCAAGAAACCAAAUGGUUUCCGAAACUACCACUGACUGGUGAGCGAGCGCAAGAAGGAAAAGCAACCUACUCAGAACGCGUAGCUAACUUGGGUAAAAACUACUGGCAGAACGAGAGGGAUGUGGCCUUCGACGAAACCACAGAUCAGGAGAUCGGGCGAUUGAAGACGUUUCUUGAGAGGAGCGAAGGAAAUCCGCGGAAUCCUGAGAGAAGUUUGCUCCCUUCCUAUUUGCAGAAGCUCGCAGGUGUGGUUACAUCUUCAUACUCGUCAUCUUCGUCUCCUGAAGCUGCCCGUGCCGGUCAAGAGGAUCACGCCUUCUCUUUCCUCCACCUCCUACAACAAACAACACAUCCCCACUUCGAACGCGAUCUCCGCCAAGAUCAUCCAGACUGGCUCUUACGCUUCUUUCUUGGGUCCGAACACGUGAACAAGAACUACUACAGGCAAAAGAUGCGCACGCAGUACGAUAUGCAAGAGGAGAUGUUGCCAGAUCACAAGGCGCCUGGUGGCGAAGACGUCGAUUAUGUGGUGAUGUUUGAGGAUGAGGAAGAUUUUUUAGACAAACUGCCCAAGUUGGAAUCUAUCCUGUUUCAGCACGGCUUUGCUUGCACCUUUGUGGAUGAAGUAGUCGCACCCUACUACGCCAAAAAGAAUCAUCAUUGGAAAGUGGCGCACGGACGUGCGUUUCAGUCAAACCUGUUCACACUCUUCGCGUCCACACCAGACCCGACGAUCAAGGUAGGGAGACCUCUAAGGGAGCCGACUGAUAGCAGACUGGAGAUUCCUGAAGAAGAAGUUGCGGAUGUGAGACAAGUGAUGCAAGAUGAUGUGGGAAAAGAGGAAGAGCAAGGUGGUCGCGCUUCUUCUACUUCAUCAACAUCUGACAGUAAGAGCAGCACAGCCUCUUCGUCUUUGUCUCAAAUGGAAGAUAAUAUCAAAGAUGAAAUAAAUCAUGUUGAAGUAGAACAAGAAGAAGGUCAACAAGAACAGCAUGAUGUUGAUCCUUAUCAUCACAAGCACUUCCGCGAUACCUUGACAAUGCGUUUGAUGAGACCCAGUGGGCGACGAUGGGACAGCAUUCUUGAAGGCCUAGCUGGAUAUGACGCGAUAGGGUGUAAACGGGUUCCGACAAGCUAUGCAGUACAACACAGUUGGACUAGUCUGGAAGCCGAAGGAGCGUCAACAUCUGGUAGUACUUCGGAACACGCACCAGCAACUACACCUAGUAGUAUCUAUGAUGAUCCUACAUCUACUUCUACUUCAA